GGGUCGGUCUAGCAGACGACAAUUCGGUUUGAGAUGGCCUCGAAGUUCGUGUCUUGUUCUGUGGUUUGUUUCUGAAGGGGCUCCGCCGUCAAGGAUCUCCGCCCCAACGGAUCCUAGGAAAGGUUCACAACACAAGAGGAACAGCCCUACAGAAACAACGCACAAGACAAGGACGUAAUUCGGCUCGGAUUUGGACUUCUCUCCCCAGCAAGUUUUCAUUUUCCACCCCAACGAAUCAAACUUUUUAAAUGUCUCUCUCCAUCCGGCGUUUUUUGGAAAGUGACACCGGCGUGCCAAAGGAGGGAGUGUGAAUAGUGCGCGUUUUGAAAAAAUAUAAUUUUUUUUUCGAAAAAAAUAUUUUGUGUUCCCUUCGAGUGAAAGAGUGCGAUGCAAGUUGAACGCGGAAUCGAUGUGCCAGUGGACGAGGUGCCGUUGAAGAAGGUUCGUGGGGAUGUCUGCCCCGAAGAAAACUCACCCCAGGCGCCUCAGGUCGUGCCCCCGGCGUCUCACCACCCCCGGCAGGAGAAGACCCAGGCACCAGUGGCAUCUCUCCUCGCCAACAAGUACAUCCUUAUCAAUCCCAUCGAGGGCUGCCCGCUCCACAAAUGUUUGGACGUCGUCAACGACCAGGAAUAUGUUUGCCGGGUGAUAAGCAGGGGUUGCACGCCCCUCAUGUCGGCCCAUUUUCGGCUCGACGGCCACCCGAGGAUCAACCCCCUUCACGAGGUAGUUCUCGGCAACGAAAACAUGUACCUCGUCUUCCCCUCGUCCUACGGCGAUCUCCACACCCACGUCCGCCUGAAGAAGCGACUACGGGAAUCGGAAGCGAAACGUCUCUUCAGGCAGGUGGCGGAGACCGUCAAGGAAUGUCACGAACAGGGUGUCGUACUCAGAGAUCUCAAGUUGCGGAAGUUCGUCUUCUCCAACCCUCAAAGGACUGAAUUAAAGCUGGAAAAUUUGGAGGAUGCUGUCGUCCUGGAAGACGGCGAAGAUGACAUCCUCCAGGACAAAAGGGGUUGCCCCGCCUACGUCAGCCCCGAAAUCCUUAAAAGCCACGCUAGGUACUCCGGUAGAGCGGCGGACAUGUGGUCCCUAGGGGUCAUACUGUACACCAUGUUAGUAGGAAGGUAUCCUUUUAAUGAUGCGGAACACGCUAAUCUUUUUAUGAAAAUCAGCCGAGGCCACUUUCUCGUUCCGGAAUGCCUCUCGUCGAAGUCGAAGUGCCUGAUCCGCAGUCUGCUGAGGAAGGAGCCGUCAGAAAGGCUGACGGCUUCGGACGUGCUCAUCCACCCUUGGCUCACAACGGAAGAGCGGUGCUACCACUCUUCGUCCCAGGACCAAAUCGUACCAGACGUUUAACUGUUCCUUUUUGGUUAAAUUUUAGACUAUUAACAAAUAUUUUGUAUCGUUUUGCCCUUUGAAGAAGUUGUGAAGCGUCCCACCAACCUUGUACAUUCUAAAUUCUAAGGCCGGGGCCUUGUAAAAAUAAUUUUAUCGCCCCGUAAAUUUUCUUUUCUUUCGUCUUUGUGUAUAUAGUUGAAGAAAUAAUGGAUGUUAGUUGUUGUUGAGGGUCUUCGGCGAGGGCCUUUUAUUCCAUGUAUUCCUAUUGAGAGAGUUUCGUUCGGUUGGAUUUGUUAUAAGACUGACUUAAUUAAAGUAAUUGCGCUCGCUACUGCGUAGUGACGCAUUGUGUCAGGCAGUAUAGUGCCAAAAUAUAUUUUAACUAUAUUUAUCAUAAAAUACGUAAUCUAGUUCACUUCUGAAUAGGUGGAACGGAUGUGCGGUGUUCGGCGCGAUUUUUUUAGUAUUAAUGUUCCUUUUUGAUUACUUUGCCCUUAUAGGGCUAGCGACUAAAAAUAAAUUGAGGUGUCCAACACUCUUCCACCCGUUCAAGACUGAACUAGAAUAACUAAAUGGACAAGCAUUCUGGAUAAGUUCUUUUUUGAAAGCUUCGCUCUCAAAACGUAGGAAUAAUUCGCCACAUGACUGAAUUGUAUAUAAAAGGAACUUUACCUUAAUGUACUUUUUGUUUUGUAAAUAUCGAUGUGAAUACAAUUCUGUUGUCUAGUUGUUGUGUUAGAAACUAUAAGAGUAAUUAAAAAAAUGAUUUGUUAAUAGGAAAGUACUUAGACAAUGUCGAAUUCUCUGUCUUAAGUAAAAAGUAAAUAAAUAUCCUUAAUUUUUAGAUACUGUUAUUUAUGAAAAAAAAAAUCUAGACCUUUUAUUACACUUUUACCACUCAAACUGUCUUUUUUAUAUUAAAAAAAGGUUAAAAUGAAAUUGAAAGUUUAACACAGAUUUAAAAGUUGUCAUGGAUGCAUAUCAGGAAAAACAAAAGUUAGGAAUAAUAAAUAUGUAAUAGCUAUAAAA